AUGUCAGGAUUUAAUAUUGAAAGACUAAUUAAAUUAAAUACUCUGAGUGAAGAUUUUCAUGGUGGCGAGAUAUUUCCUCUCUCGCUACCAACUGGUAAAAGUAUUGAUUUAGACAUUGAAAGUUACUGCUAUUAUUACAAUGAUUAUUUUGGAAGUGGAAAUAUUCUGAACACUUCUUUUAACAAGGAUUGUCUUGUAAACUCGGAUUAUUUGGCAGGAAUUCAUCAGUGGGUAAAUUACAACUCAAAUGAAGUAAUGGAAAGUCAGAGAAAUGGAGAUGGAUAUAAUGAGAAUAAAUGCAAACAAAUGGUGAAAGAUGAAGAUAUAAAAGAGAAUAUUGACAUUUUGGGUAUUAAAAAUAAGUCAAGUGAUAAUAUGUUACCAACAUUACUCAAUUAUCCAAGAGUAUUUCAUAAUGAAAAAGCUAAAAUUGAGGGAGUGGUAGUAAGUUGUGUGAAGGCAAUAGUAUUAUUUUUACGUGCAAAUUUAGGCUCAGAAAUAUCUAAAACAUUUAAGAAGGAAGUCGAAUCUCUUGGUACAUAUAUUGUUGAAGUAACCACAUGUUCAAAAUUACUUCAGAUAUUUGAUGAGCUCGAUGGAUGUAGGCGAUUAAUUGUAACAUCAGCAGAUGCAGCAUUAAAUGAAAACCUAGCUGAGAGUUUAAAUAAAAAAAAAUACAGAAACUUUUUGGGAAUAACUUUAUAUUGUGGUCCUCAUGCAGAUUAUCAUGUUAAAUGGUGCUCAAAAGUACCCUGUAUAAAAUUUCUAUCACAGAAUCUAAUAGAAGUGAGGCGUGCAAUAUCUUGGAUUUUAGCUGAGUCAGUAUCGAAUUUGACAGAAAUAACAUUAAGUACAUCAAAGAAAAGUAAAAAGGUCGCUACAAACAACAAUAAAAAAAUAUUGGCCACUAAGGCAUUUCCUUCACUUGUAGGUGAUUUUCCUUCUUUGAAUGCAGUAAAAAGUGUAAACAAUGAAAAUACAUGUCUAUUUAAUACUAGUCAACUGGAAAACCACCAAAUUCAUUAUUCACCUUUAGGUGUAGGCAAAUGUAACAGUGAUAUUACAACAAUGCUUAGAAAUAUUGCAAUUAGCACAGCUUUAGAAAAUCAAUCGAAAUGUAAUGAGUUAUAA